CGCUGCCGCGGGGAACGAAAUGCCUUGAAGCUACGAAAAUAUGUGAAUGCAGCAGCAUCCUUUCUGGAUUUUGAAAGACUCCACUUCAUCAUGGGACAGCAAAUUUCGGAUCAAACACAACUGGUUAUUAACAAGUUACCAGAAAAAGUAGCAAAACAUGUCUUAUUGGUUCGAGAAAGUGGCUCUUUAACUUACGAAGAAUUUCUUGGGAGAGUAGCUGAACUGAAUGAUGUAAUUGCUAAGGUGGCUGCUGGACAGGAAAAACAUCUGCUCUUUGAAGUACAACCUGGGUCUGAUUCUUCUGCCUUAUGGAAAGUGGUUGUACGGGUGGUGUGUACUAAGAUUAACAAAAGCAGUGGAAUUGUGGAAGCAUCACGGAUCAUGAACUUGUACCAGUUUAUCCAGCUUUAUAAAGACAUCACAACUCAAGCAGCAGGAGUGUUGGCACAGCACUCCACCCCUGAAAACCCUGAUGAAAACUCACUGCCUGUAACAUCUUGUCAGGCUAGUUUUUGGAUGGGAAGGGUGAAUGAAUUGACUGAGGAGGAGGAGUGUUGUAUCUGUAUGGAUGGCCGAGCCGACCUCAUCCUGCCUUGUACUCACAGCUUCUGUCAGAAGUGCAUUGAUAGAUGGAGUGAUCGACACACGAAUUGCCCUAUCUGUCGCCUCCAGAUGUCUAGUGCAAGUGAAUCUUGGGUGGUGUCAGAUGCACCGACUGAAGAUGAUAUGGUUAAAUAUAUCCUUAACAUGGCUGAUGAAGCAGGUCAGCCCCAUCGGCCAUGACCUUUGGAUCGAAGGUGUUCUGUUGUUACUGUGGGCUUUCAACACUGGUCAUGGAGGAAGAAUGCAGGGACACUGUGGUACGGACACAGGAAAAUUAUUUUUCCCACCCUCUUAUUUUUGCUAUUCUGAUAAUUUGUCCCAUUUCUUUUAAUAAACUUUCCACGUCUUCCA